AUGUCUGGUAUCUUGGUUUUCAGCGAGCAAGAUGGGUCUUGGGAAGACCUCCAGACGAUCACAUUUAGUGCCUGCCUCCGAGAGCACCACAACUCCAAGCCAUUCCUCGUCGUCUGCCCACUUAGUGUCCUCCACAUCUGCGUUGGCGAAUACGCUAAAUUCGCUCCUGAUAUUGUUCCCUGCAAGAACCCAUUCCACGCUUUCAUUCGCAUGGACGACGGGGUGACAUCGGACCGUCAAGGAGUGGCAGAGCUGCAAGAGGCACGUCCAACGAGCACCUUGACGACCCUUGCAAGUACAUACUUUGGACACUGA